UUACAGAGCAGUUCCACUAAUUUGUGCAUCACCACUACUGAACAUUUUAUCAUACUGUAAUUUACAGAACAGCGGCCAUUAAAAUAAAGCAGGACCAUCACUUCACGUCACUUCAAGGUUUUAAUAAAGAGCUAACAGAAAGCAAGUAACGUUAGAUGAAGAUAAAAUAACUGAAUUUUGAUUUUUUUUCUUUCAUUCCAUACCAGUUUAACUUUUUAAUAAUAGUUUUAAUCUCAUGUUCAGGGCUCGUGAACAUGAACUAUCAAAAUUGGCGGGAUGCGCGAGCUUUUUUUUUUUCAUUUCCGAGGCAGCUUUAAUAUCAACCUGUCAAUAAAAUAACUUUUAGGAAAAUAUACACAAACUUCAAAGGUGUCUUAUCUGGAUUAGAGAAUAGCUGGGACUGAGAACGCUGACUGAAUGAAAACUACUGAAGAUGGUCUUCUUCACACAACUCUUCACCUCUAAACGUGGACCCCUGGCCAGGAUCUGGCUUGCAGCCCACUGGGAAAAGAAGAUAACCAAAGCCCAUGUGUUUGAAUGUAACCUAGAGGCGACGAUAGAGGAUAUUAUUUCUCCUCAGAUAAAGAUUGGGCUGCGGACUUCAGGUCACCUGCUCUUGGGCGUGGUGCGGAUCUACUCUAGGAAAGCCAAGUAUCUCCUUGCAGACUGCAGUGAUGCUGUGGUUAAAAUCAAAGUGGCUUUCCGACCAGGACAGUUGGAUCUGCCUGAGGAAGGGAUGGAAGCCAUGGUUAAAGCCAUUACACUGCCUGAGGACUUCGCUGACUUCGAGUCACAGCUGCCUGAUCUCAACACUAUUGAUGUGGUAGAUCACUUCUCACUGAACCAGAGCCGCACAGAGGAAAUCACUCUGAAGGAAAACUUUGGAAACAGUUUUCUCUCCAUGGACGACUUGGGAGAUGAAACCCAGUCUCAUCAGGGACUAUUUGAUACAAGUUUCCAAAGUCUCGCUGCAAAUGGUGAUGGAUUUGGUGAUGAGGGCAUGGCUUUUGAUCUUGUUGAUUUAAUAGCAAAUGCUAAUGAGAAUGCGCUGCUGACUGGUUCCUAUGGUGAUUCCAAGGUCCCUGCGACACCCCCACCAACUGCUAUUAAUCCUACAGCUCCAGAGUCUUCCAUAGCUACUUCAGAGGCCUUGCCAGAGACUCCCACACUGAAUGAGACCACACUGCUGGAGAAUGCAGAGGAAGGCUUUGCCCUUGAACCUGUGGCUGUUACACCAUCUUCAGAGAGGAAGAAAGGGAGCAGGAAAAGGAAGCUGGUGGUAGAUCAGUCUAAGGAGCUUUCUAAUGAAGCCAUCAAAGCCCAGCUAGCCGACUACUCUGACCUUCUGACCCCACUUGACAUAGCUCCACCCACACGAAAACUCAUGGACUGGAAGGAAAAUGGAGGCGUGGAUUAUCUAUUUUCACAUUUCUGCACUCCUGUCAUGGACAACGACUUGCAGAAGCUCUUCCCUAGAGAUGUGUUAGCUGGGAAAAUGGGGCCAAACAGCAAAGCUGAAGAUGAAAGUGACCCCAAGGAGACAAGGGAGCAGGCGAGAGAGGCUGAGAGUGAGAGCACUGCUGUGCCUAUGAUGGAGGAGAUGAGCUUACUGCAAGAGACUGUGGAGCAAAACAGAGCAGCAGAGUCAUCCAGCUUUAUCGAACCAUCUUUCAUACAUACAGAGCCUCCAGAAUCCAAUGAAAGCAGGCUGGAGGUGUCGCAUCCAGAGCCACUCUCUGAGGAGUCAAUGCUGGUCCAUCCAUCUGGAGUGAACAGUGAAACACCACAAAUGCACACGCAGACACAACACUCUGCCCUGAACAGCCAGAACAUGGAGGAGAAGAGAAUGACUAGUCGAGCACAGAACCUCCUCCAGGCCAUCAGAAAGCAGAACAGCAGCCCUGAUGCCACAUUCAGCCUUCAUGAAAUGUGUGAGAAUUGCAGUCGAUCCAAUGCAGCGGCCAUGUUCUUCUGUCUGCUGGUGCUGAAGAAACAGCGGGCCAUAGGCUUGCACCAGAGGGCCCCCUACAGUGAUAUUAUCAUCACUCCUGGUCCACUUUUUCAGAAGCUCUAGGACAGAGAGAUUAAAGAAGAGCCCCUUGUGCCACUUUGUCUGCCUGAGUAUUUUAAGGAGCUGGAAUUUUAAGGAGCAAAUUAACGGGUCAGUUAAAAAGCAUAAAGCAGAAAGUGCUCGCCGUUUUAAGAAAAGCACUUGCACUGUUUCUCACACUUCUGCCAUCCAGUCUGAUCUCUGACUUGCAGAACAUAAUUGACUAGAAUCUUCCUGACACAAAACAAAAUGGACACAUUUUGUUCACAGGUUUUGAGUUUCAGUACGUUUAGUGGAUUAAGUAUCCAAAAAGUAAGUCACACACAGUUGUUUGUGUGUGUGAGUGUUUGUGUGGGUUGUGACCAGUUAAAAGUUGGGUUUGUUCUGUCAGGUUGCUUCUGACCUGUAGUUCUGGGUUAUAUUCCACAUCCUUGUUUUGUUUAUCUAUGUAAUCUAAUGUUCUUAUUUUAAGGAAACCAAGUUCACUUUUUUUGUAUGGUUAUUUCAUAUAUUUAUGAUGUGUGUAAAUGUAAAUUUGGCAGUAUUGUUUGA